AUGCAGCUCCAAAAUUUGUAUCUUUUGUUGAAGGAGAAAGCAGAAAGCUAUCCGGAUAAAGGAAUCACUUUCUACAGCCUUGGAAAGAUCAAUACCGCUGGAUAUGAACUCAAGUAUCCAGCGUUGCUCUAUCUAGCCAAAGAGAACUCCUACCGUAUCCACCAGAUGUGCUUGGAGUCAAACACAAUCAUUCUUCUUCACUUCAAUACACAUCUGGAUAAUCUUGUUUGGUUUUGGUCGGUCGUCUGCGUAGGAUACAUACCUGCAUUAUCAACCCCUUUCAAGAGCAACGUUGAACAGCGUCAAAAACACAUUCUCCAUCUUCACUCUGUUUUAGACAAGCCACUGUGCCUUACGAGAAGAACCUUGCUUCCAGAAUUCGCCAGUCAGGAUGUCCUCAGAAUUCAAACGAUCGAUGAUCUUCCACCGGUGCCCAAAGAUUUUGAUGGCUACAGCAUGCGAGGUGGAAUUUUCUGCCCUCUUGACCAAGUUACCCUCAAAAAAUCGGGAUCUUUAGCCCUGCUCAUGCUCACCUCCGGGAGCACUGGUAAUGCUAAAGCCGUUCGCUUAACUCAUGGUCAAAUUCUGGCUUCAGUUGAAGGCAAGAGCAAAGCACAUUCAACAAGGGGACAGCUUCCGUUUCUCAACUGGAUUGCUUUCGAUCAUGUAGCUUGUGUGAGUGAAAAUCACCUCCAUGCACUCUGGGUGGGAGCAGCCCAAAUCAUGGUCCAAGCUGAAGAUAUUGUACCGAAUCCGCUGUCGUUUCUCAGUUUGAUUAACAGACAUCAAGUUGCUAUUUCUUUCGCACCGAACUUCUUCCCAGCUAGUCUGAGGCGGGCAUUGGAGAAUGUUGAUAGACCCACGCUAAGAAAUAUCAUCGACAUCUCAUGUUUACAGACCAUUGUGUCUGGAAGCGAGGCUAAUUUGAUGGAAACUGCCGUUGCUCUGACGAAGCUUCUGAAAGACUACGGAGCGUCAGAUCCAGUGUGUCCUCGCCAUGAUGUAAAACAUAAUCAAGAAUUUGCAUCUGUGGGAUACAGCAUUGACAGCAUGUAUAUGAGAAUUACGAACACAGACGGUCAAGAUAUUGGACGAAAUAUCGUGGGGAAUCUGGAAGUUCGUGGUGCCGUAGUUUUCUCGGGAUACCACAACGAUCCAGAGGCAACCAAGGAUUCUUUUAAUGGCGACUGA